AUGGACACAAAUGCUCUACAAGAAUCCAUGCAAAUAAAUCGAGAACCCAGAAGAAAGGAAUUAAUUUUGGAAGCUCGCCAUUCGAGAUGCAUUGAAGCUUCCAAUAAAAUACGCUCAAAACUCAGUCCCAGACUCUUUAUGCCGAGAGCCCCCAUCUACCGUUAUACAAACAAACUCAACAUUACUUUGCCAAAGAUUCCACAACGCAGAAAAGUGAAAGCUCAAAAAUCCAUAACAAAUUCUAAAGCUUUUAACAAGAAAUCGAAAGAGGACGUUAAGGGAAAAUGGGACAACUUAAAGGUUAUAGGCAAUGCUAAUUCCACCGAUAAUACUAGAUAUAUGACAGAUGGAGAAAUUGUUUUUAUAAGAGAUAAAGAUCAGGGAAAUAUGGAACACUAUAGCAGAGUUGAGAACAAGAAAACGGUAAAAACUUCGGGCACUUAUAAUUUUGGAUCCAGUAAUCAAGUACAAAGUAAAUAUUAUGAUCUUAACUGUCAGAGAACCGCAGAUGAAAACCAAACCAAAGACUGCAGACAUUGUAAGAGUCUCUACGAUAAAAACUCGAUACAAACCACUAGCAUUAAUAACCCAGAUUUCAGUAACAAUAACAGUGAAAAUUCCCUCAAGAGUUCAGUACCAAGAUCGGAAUAUAACUGCCAAAAGAGCAACAUUUCAAGGGAACAAACCCCUAAAGAAUCGAUCACAACGAUAACAGAUUUACACAAGGAAAAUAGUAAGGAAUCAAACAGUGAAAUGAUUCCGAAUUAUCUUCGAUUACAAGAUAAUGCUAAAGAAUACCAAGCAGUUGAACAUUAUAGGGAAUACAUUGAGUGUGGAACCGGCCACAACAAUCGCCAAAUAAUAACGAAAAUCAACUACAAACUAAUCCUGAAACAUUACAGUCGCCCUCGCUACAAACCUACAACUGAAACCGCCCCUAUUCUUAAACCUUCCAAACCUAUAACAAUCUUUAAACCUUAUCUAACAAACCCAGAAAACGAACAAACUUCCUCAGAAUCCCUGACUAUUCCAAACACCUCCUCCACUACCUUAACUUCCUCUCAAAACAAUUUACCGUCCCCAGAAACUACUUCAACUCUAGAUAACUCUCUACUACAACUUCCCCUUAACUCGUAUCUUAAUCGUGCCUCAUCAGCAGUUGCCGAUUUUCAAGACACCGUUCAUGCUGCAAUGUCUUCAAUAUAUGAUUGCUCACUCACCGAUAAAAACAUCCAUGAAGACCUUGUUAAUUUGGAAAAUUCCGUAGAUUCUUUUAAUAAAUUUCUACUACAAUCCUAUAAUGAUAUGGAAAUUAUGGAUUUGAAAACCUCAAAUUGUUUGGAAUAUUUAAAUAGCAAGAACCUCAAUAGACGACUGCAGGAUCAGCAUUUAAGGAAUCUAAUUUUUUAAUUAUAUUAAAGAAUUAGAAAUAAUCCCUUGCCUACCCCCUUGAUUGGACCCUACCCUCAACUAGAUUGUCGUGAUCCAUAUACUUAUGUCCUCCAAGUUUAAAAAAAAGCUGCUGCAGCCUGUCCAAAUAUUGCUCUUAUUUUUUCUUAGUAUUACUAUAUGUAGUUUUAGUUAUCAUUUAAAUCAUCUUCUUAACCCAUAAUGGGUUUUCCAUAAUAAACAUUUGAAAUCUUUAUAGUUUUUCGAUAUAUAAA